GUUGAAGCUCCGCCCACCAUCCCCCGUUACCACCGAUUCAACCGUCUCGAGCUCCUGCCCCGGUCAGUUACUACAAAAUGGCUGCAGAGGCUCCGCCGCCGACGAGAACCUACUGAACGCUUCAUGCUGUGAAAAGAAGCAAAAAAAGAAAGAAAAAACAUAAGAAGAGGACCAUUUGAUGGAAGAUAAGAAAAAGAAAAAACAAGAAGAGAAGAAAAAGAAAGAAGCUGGUCACAAAAAGGCCACAGAACAGAUAACCAAAGUGCCAGACUCUGCCAAGCUCGACCCCAUCCUUCCUCUUCCCCCCGCCAACCCUGGUGCCAUCCCAUCUGUACCCCCAAGCAGUGGAAAUGGCAAGCGUGCCCCCUCCGGAGGCCAGCCGCAGACAGCACAGCAGCCGCAGACUCCGCUCCAGCAGCGCUACCCAGCCAGAGAGGUGCCCCCUCGCUUCCGUCAGCAGGAGCACAAGCAGCUGUUGAAGAGGGGCCAGCCCCUGCCCUCCGGGACCCUGCCUCUCAUCAGCACAGGACAUCCCGCCACUAGUGAACCUCCAGCAGCAACAGUAGCCAUAAACUCCUCUCCAUCCCGCUCCUCUUCCUCCACAGCCAGCUUGCCCACAGAACUGCCUCCACAGAGUGGCCAGGGAGCCCAGUAUGAAAAUCCCCUCUGGGGAUACCUGCAAGCCAACAGAAGUGCCACAAGUGCUGUAUCUACCACCAGUCUCAGUGGCUGGGAUCAACUGAUUAUUGACCAGAAAGACACAGAGGCUUGGCCUUCUAUUACCCUCAGCCAGAGCCAGGCCCCUCCAGGAGGAUGCCCAUUGGACACUAACCCUGGUCACCUGACCAGCAACAGCAGUAGUACUAGCAUUAGUUGUAUCACAGUGAGUAUGGCCACUGGAGCCAAUAGUCAAACAGGCCACUUCCCUGCCAACCACCUUAGCAGCAAAGCCAACAGUGGGUCUAGCCCUGCCAAUCAUACUGGAACCAGCAUCCUCUCUAGCCAGGUUGCAACCAACCGCAGUUGGGGCUCUGGGCCUGGACCCUCCCAUUGCCUCACUCAGUCCUCAGUGGGGAGUGAAGGGAAAGGUGACAGCCUAGUGGGAGGAGGAGGGAACAGGGGCUGGGGUUCCUCUUCAUCAUCCUCCACCACCAACUUUAACUUGAACCUAAACCCUAAUGCCAACCCAUCUGCCUGGCCCAUGUUGGGGCAUGAUGGGGGUGGCACUGGGGGAGGCAGCUCAGGGGGAGCCAACACCGUUUCACCUCCUCAACCUACACCCAACCUCUGUAAUCCACCUGGCCCCCCAUCAGCCCAGACCAGCACCUGUUCUGGAGCUAACACUAACAGCAAGCCCUCUGGGAUUGGCAGUGCAUGGGGUACUAUGAUGGGUUCUGAAACAUCAGAGCCCCACCCCACCCCGUCCACAAAUGUGUCUUUCAGUUCAGAACCUCAGAACCUUAAAACUGAUGGACCAAAUCAUACUAAUAAGCAGGAACCUCCCAGCCCAAUCCGAAACUUGCCUGGCUGGGGUAGCGCACCUGUAGGCUUGGGUUCAAUGGGACAGCCAACAUCAGGAGGCUCACAGGUAAAUGGAGAAGAGGAUAACUCUGUAUGGGGCAACAGUGGCAACUCAAAGCCAAAUUCAUCAAAGGAAGGAUCUGGCUGGGAUUCUGCCUGGGGCCAUGGAGGAGGUGGAACAGGGAACUCUGUAGGCUGGGUUGAACAGUCUAGUGGAGACUGGGGGAAGCAGCACACUGAAGAGACCCAGGGAGGCUGGGAUGCACCCAGCUCUCCUCCCCAGGAUUUACAAGCUAGUCCUUGGAGCAGAGCUGUGAGCACAGCUGGUGCCAGUGAAGGGAGCAGUGACAGUAUGGAGGGACAUCCCCAGCAGAGAGGACACUCAUCCAGGGAUAAUCCAGUGCCUCCGCUUCCUGCCCAAGAUCUGGACCCCAGGGUACUGUGCAACACUGGCUGGGGACAGACCCCUGUUCGCCAGCACACCAGCUGGGACAUGGAUGAUACUAAACGCAAGAAUGAUGUUGGCACUGAAUCAUGGGGCUCUGGCCCAACCACUCCAAGUGAUGUGCAGGGGCCCUCAAACACUAACACAGCCCCUACUCAGAGAACUGACCAUGGGAGCAAAAAUGAUGUGCCUGCUUCUCAGGGAGCUUCUGGUUGGGGUGGAAAUAUGACUGCUACCAACCAGCCCAGUUCUGGUUGGGGGGAGCCACCCAACAGCAUAAAGCACCCCGUUGGCCAGAGUGGCUGGGGAAACUCUCCCCAAGGAGGCCCCAACACCAACAUACCUAAGAAUGGUGGUCAGUCAUGGGGAGAGGAGAAAUCAAAAGGGUGGGAUGAUUCUCACAGCAAGACAACAUCCCAGGGCUGGGGAGAGCAACCCAAAACAUCCCAUGCCUGGGGCAACAGUGGGGUGAGCAAUAACACCGGGGACUGGGGAGAACCUGAAGAGAGCAAAAAGAGUCCCACUAACCCUGACUGGGAAAACCAACGAAGUUGGGGAAUGUCUGUUCCAGGACCUGGGGCUGGAGGAAGUGGGAACUGGGGUGAGGCAGUACCUCAGCGUCCCAGUGGCCCUCCUCAAAGUUGGGGGGGCAAGCCUCAGGAGGGGCCCAGCAGCAACAGUGGAGGAGGAGCUAUGGGCUCUUGGGGAGGCUCAGGUUCAGUGAAGCAAGGUGCAAGCUGGGGUGGUAGUAAACAGGAACCUUCAGCUGAGCCUACAGGCUGGGAAGAACCCUCCCCGCCUUCAAUCCGUCGUAAGAUGGAGAUUGAUGAUGGGACCUCCGCUUGGGGUGACCCUGGUGCCUACAAUAAGGCAGUCAAUCUGUGGGAUAGGAACAAUUCAGGAAUGUCCCAGGCUAAAGUUAACACAGGAGGCAAUAACCCGCAAGGUUCUAGUACCAACCAUCCUCAUGCUCACAAUCACCCUUAUCAUGGGGCCCCUGCCCCUGUGCAGAACCACAGCCAAAACACUCAAAACCCAGGCCCCACCAGUGGUCCUAUGGAUCCUACAGUGCAACACCAGUCUGGGCCGUCUCACAACAGGGGUCCCCUGAUAACUCAAGGUUGGGGAGAGAUACCCAGCUCCCACACAAAAUCUGAGAGCUCUUGGGGUGAGCCUGCGCCAUCUCCAGUCAGUGUGGAUAAUGGCACCUCUGCCUGGGGCAAACCUAGUGGGAGCUCAGGAACCUGGGGAGAUGGCAACCCAGACAGCUAUGGCAGGGGCAACCCCACAAUGACACCUGCAUCUUGCAAACCUGCUCCUAAACCUAUGCAAGACGGAUGGGGAGGAGGAGGUGAGGAGCUCAGCCUGUCAGGUGGUCAGUGGGAUGCAGAGGAAGGAGACAUGUGGAACAGCACUGCCUCCCAGGAGAGCAACUCUUCUUGCAAUUCGUGGGGCAAUGCGUCCAAAAAAGGCCCACAGAAGGUGAAGGUCCCAGGGAAGCAGGAAGAUGCCUGGAUCAUGAAUCGUCUCAUCAAACAGCUGACAGAUAUGGGCUUUCCUAGAGAUCCAGCAGAAGAGGCUUUGAAGAGCAACAACAUGAACUUGGAUCAGGCCAUGAGUGCCCUGCUGGAGAAGAAGACGGAGCUGGACAAGCGUGGGAUUGGGAUAGGCGGCCACGACUACAAUGGGCUCAUGAACAAACCUGUCAGCUGCCCUCGACCUCCUCUUCUUUCCAAAGACCCCUCAGCAGAUCCCCGCCUGCCCUUCAUGGAUAAGAUGCAGAGUGGAAUGUUUGGUGGUGGUGGAGCAGCACAAGCUCGGGCCAUGCAGCAGCCGCAGCCGCCUCCUCAGCCACCAGUGCCGCCUCUUAGCUCCUCUCAGCCUAGUAUACGUGCUCAAGUGCCUCAGUUUCUCUCCCCUCAGGUUCAAGCACAGCUCUUACAGUUUGCAGCAAAAAACAUCGGUCUGAAUCCUGCACUUUUAACCUCACCAAUAAACCCUCAACAUAUGACCCUUCUGAAUCAACUUUACCAGCUGCAACUGGCGUACCAGCGUUUACAAAUUCAACAGCAGAUGUUGCAGGCACAGCGCAAUGUUUCUGGCCCCAUUCGACAACAAGAGCAGCAAGUUGCACGCACAAUCAAUAACAUGCAGCAGCAGAUCCAACAGCACCAGCGCCAGCUGGCCCAGGCUCUGCUGAUGAAACAGCAGCAACAGCAGCAGCCCCCUUCCCACUCUGGCCUGCACCCUGCUGGAGCCAAAUCAACCCUGGAUUCAUUUCCAGGUCACUCACAGACUCCAGGCCUCCCUGACCUGCAGACCAAAGAGCCGCAGUCAUCUCCUAAUACCUACAGCCCCUACGCUCUCUCUGGACUGAAUCCAAACAUGAAUGUAAACUGCAUGGAUGUGGGAAGUCUGUCUAUGAAGGAACCGCCCCAACCCCAGUCACGACUGUCACAGUGGACACAUCCCAACUCUAUCGAAAGCCUCUCUGGAAACUCCUCUCCUCUUGAGUCCAAUCUGGGAAAGCAUGGUGCCAACCUAGGUCCUCCUGGGAAGCCCCCUCAGCUGGAUGACUCGUACAGCCCCUAUAACCUGAUAUCCAGCUCGGAGUCUCCUACCAGCCCCCUGGUCCCCCCAGACAGCUGGGGACAGGGCAAGAGCAGCAGCGAUAAGAUGUCCAAUGGGACCAAUAUCAACUGGCCACCAGAGUUUUGCCCUGGUGUACCGUGGAAGGGCCUCCAGAACAUCGACCCAGAGACUGACCCCAACGUGACUCCGGGCAGUGUUCCCAGUGGACCCACCAUCAACACCAACAUCCAAGAUGUCAACCGCUACCUGCUACGGGACAGGAGUGGAGGUAAACUGUCAGAGAUGAAAUCUACUUGGUCAUCAGGGCCCAUCUCUCACAGCCAGGCUUCUCUGUCUCAUGAGCUUUGGAAGGUCCCCCAGGGCCCACGGAGCAGCACCACAGCCCCCUCACGCCCCCCACCUGGUCUCACUAACACAAAGCCCUCCUCCACCUGGGGUGGCAACUCUCUGGGUCUGGCCCAAGGCUGGAGCAGCUCUUACACCACAGCAGGUACCACGUGGAGUACAGACAGCUCCACUAGGACCAGUAGCUGGCUGGUUCUGAGGAACCUCACUCCACAGAUUGAUGGUUCGACUCUUCGUACACUGUGCAUGCAGCACGGCCCCCUCAUCACAUUCCACCUCAACCUGACACAGGGAAACGCUGUGGUGCGCUACAGCUCUAAGGAUGAAGCUGCCAAGGCUCAGAAGUCCCUGCACAUGUGUGUGCUUGGGAACACCACCAUUCUUGCAGAGUUUGCAGGGGAAGAGGAAGUGAACCGCUUCUUUGCACAGAGCCAGUCACUUGGUGGAACAACCAGCUGGCAGGCCACUCCAGGCACCAAUCAGACGAGGAUGGGCGGGUCCGGGUCCGGAGCCUCUCAUCCCAUUGGUCACGCGCCCCACUGGAACAACAACAACAACGGCACCGGCAGCAGCAGUAGCAGCGGCCUUGGAACAGGAGGAACGAAAACAGGAGGAGAGCUGCUUUGGGGCGGCGUUCAGCAGUAUUCUAGCCUGUGGGGACCCCCCAGUGGAGAGGAGGGACGGGUCAUGGGAAGCCCCACACCAAUCAAUACGCUGCUGCCUGGCGACCUGCUGAGUGGAGAGUCCAUGUAGGGCAAAACAAACACAAACAGGAGCAAAAACCUUGCAAAUCAGUGUGGAGAUAAUCAGCGUGGGUGUGACAUUGAUGAGGAGAGACAAGAGGAGAACAAGGCUACGUGUUCGCUGCUUGACCUUGUCAGCCUCCUCUGCUCCUUUUGUGUUGAAUGACUUUCAAGUUGCAGUUCUUUUGUGAAUCUCAGUAAGAGAUUUUGAUCACAGUGUUCAACGUUUGCUUCUGGAGACACAGGAAGAAGUCUUUCAUUCAUCAAAGAAAGAGAACUUUUUACAGAAAUGAACUUUUGGAGAAGUUACCGUGUAAAAUGUACUUUAGUCAAACUGACACGGUGACAAGCUGCCAUCUUUGAACUUGCAUAAUCCCUCACUGCCUUUUGAGGCAAUCAUACUGCACCUCAGAGAUCAUGAAAAAGGCAUCAUUCCCAAAGUAAAACCCUUCAAUCAGAGUGGUUGUCAAACAUUCAGCUGGUCCAGACUCGACAUUUGUUUUUCUCAGCACUAAUAUUAGCCUUAAACUAUUUCCUGCCCUGCUAUCCUCACUCACUCUGUACUUGGUGAAGAAGCAUAUGGACACUUGCACACCCUUAUUUCUGAGCCAGUGAAACCUGAGUGGAAAGUACAUGCUGCUGCGGCUUAACAUAAGCAACCACAGCUCACAACUUCAGUGCAUUUUUUGCAGGCAGAAUGAGUUCCUCACAAAAUGCUCAAAGGGAAUGAUGCAACUCUGUUCGCCUUGUUCAAGCCAUUUAUUUUUGUAGUUUUUUUUUUUUUUUUCUUGAACCAUUGCAAACAAAUCUAAGAAAUGAUAUUAUUCAAAUGUGUCUGUCAAUCUUCCCUGGGAUGUGUGUGUGUGUGUGGGUGGGGGGGGGGGGGUCGUCACAUGUAAAGAUAUAAUGGACUACAAAACUAACCACUGCUAUUACUAUGGAACUGUAAAGAAAACACUCCAAUGCACCUCAGCUCAUCUGCGGGCUACACUCAGUUUGGUCUCUAACGCUCUCACUGAAGUUGUGGAAAAAAACCUCAAAUUGUUGUCCACCCCCUCCCCUUCCUACCACUGCGCGCCCACUCCACCUGCAAACACACCAUUUCAAGUGACGUGCAAUACAAGCCACAAACUCUACCGUCCAUGCACCCUACGAUAGAGAGCAGACUGUAAAGAAUGAGUGAACAGCAAAACCUUUAUCUGCCCUGCAACCCCCCCACCAGAAAAUAAAAACUGCCACUACUUCCCUUCCCCCCUAGAGAGUGUGUGAACUCAGGAGAGUAGCAAGCUGGUCCUCAACCAUCUUCUGUCCAAGAUACAAGGACGUACAUUCAAAGCACUUCUUCAGCCAGCCAACUCUCCACACUUACGCUAGAGACUGAUUUUUGGGGAAAGGGAUGGGCAUGUGUGUGUGUGUGUGUGUAUGUGCGCACAUAGUGUGUUUGUGUGUGUGUUUGGGGCAAAGGCGACAAACCAAAAUGAAAGGAGGGCCUGUUUUUUUCCCUUAUCACCCAGAAGACCAGAUCUUUUUUUUUUUUGUUGUUUUUUUUUUUUUUUGUCCACAUUUAUAGAAAAUCGGAAACAAAGAUGUGUGAAUAGGUGGUCGAUCAUAGCACUUAGCAAGAGCGCCGCUGCUCGUUAUACCCUCAAUGCCAACAAAUAGAAGAAAGGAGAAGCAACACUGGCAAAUAAAACUGAAAAAGCAAAGACAAAAAAAAGCAAUCUGCUUAGUGGCUUCUCUAUAUACUUAUUUUUUAACUUUAUGUGGAUGUGAAUUUUUUUUUUUUUUUUUUUUGGAAUCCUUCUUCCCUCAAGUCAGUGGGACCAGAGGAUGUCAAACAUGGUAGCAAAGUGAAGGGAAAUACAAAGAAAAACUAACUCAACCGAUGAUGGGUGUGGAAGGGAAAGACCCCAAAGCACUCGCACUCACCCUCUUCUUAUCAAAGUAAAUAUCACUGUUACAUUGCAACUUUGAUAUCUUUAGCCUUGCUGUCUGGAAACACUCGACGUGUCCGUGUUCUACUGGGUCCAGCAGGGAGGAUCUUUAUUUCAUCUGUCCUUUUAGGUUUUACUCACUAUUGGAGGCCCUGCCAACCUGAGUGUGAUAGUGUGGCCACCGAGUGCCUGCCUGCUGCAGAGUGCAGUGCUGCAGCAGCCCUCACCCCACCACCCUCACCUGCCUCCCUGCGGAUCCCUACAGACUGGCAUCCCUCCUCUUCCUCCACCACAAGAGCAGCUCUUUCAGAACUGGCCCCCACCUGUAUUAAAUUUAUUACUACUGCUACGCCAGAGUCUGUCUGUCCUCGGCAACCUCCACUUCCACUCCCUCCGUCUCUCUCCUGCAAGGAUCACUUUAGUCAGAGAUGGAGUUGACAAUGUGUUUUUAUUUUGUUUUAUUUUUGUUUCCUGGUUUGUACUUUUUGGAAUUGCCAGUGUGUAUUUUUUAUUUUGUUGUUGUGAUAAGUUUGCUGAUGUUGUUGCUGUUCUCAUCGAUUAUGUAGUUUAUGAUUGUUUAUGAUGUUGAUUUCAUGGCUUUUAAAUAUUGGUUUUUAUGCAGUGUUCAGCUUCUCUCCUGCCCCUCCCGCUGCCUCCAAGGCAGAACCAGUGUGUGGUUUAGAGGUACGCCUCAAUCAUGCAGCAAGGCCAUACAAAACUCUGCACACCUCAGUGUGCUGUGCAGUUAUUAGCGGAAAAUGGGAGGGUGGAAAUAAAGAGUCAAAUCAAGUGGGUACUUCUCCAGGAUAGUGAGCCAACUUUCCUCUGUCCAUCCUGGGGCGUCCAACCUAUGUUGUCACCCCUCUUUUUUAGUGUUGAUGGGCCUCAUUUUCACUGGUGCUUUAACUCUGGGAGCACUCAGUUACACUUAUUGAACCACCUCAACUGACAACAGCCUUCCAUUUCUAUGCAAAGACAAGGAGGUGUUCAUUCACAGCCACCCCCUACAUCUGCCACUUAUCUCUCAACCUUUACUACCAGGCAGCUUCUCCCAAAACCUCACCUGGAUAAACUGUAGGGGACACCACCAUGCAGACAGAGCGAUUCGAUGACGUUAAAUGACCUGCUGGAGGCACUACUUGUUGGCAGUCACUUCUUCAGUUUUGUGCCAACAGAUUUGCUAAUAUCGACUUCCACUUUUCCACGUUGUCAUUUAUCUUUGUUCUGAGGAGUCAAGCUUAAGUUUUUGCUGCAGGGGCGUACCCCACAAGCUCCAGCUGCAGGAGGCUUGAGGAGCACAAGGGCAGGACAGAUGAAUGGUGCUGGUCUUUCACCAACAAGGGGACUGGAAAUUUUAGUGAAUAACCAGGCUGCAGUAGGGGGAGGUGGGUAUGGGUUUUUUUUGUUUUGUUUUGUUUUUUUGUUGUUUUUCUGAGGGGGGGUGGGUCCCUGUAUGUGUCAGUGCACUGUUUAUGGGUCACAUCGGGUACAUCUCUUUAAAAACCAAAAACAUUAUCUUUUUCUUUAUCAUCAAGGUUUUCACAAAAACUACAAACAACAAAAAAAUAAAUAAUAAUAAAAAAAAAAAAAAAAAAAAGAAGAAGUUUGUUUGAGCUGCGCAAUCCGAGGACGAGAUGCUCGAGUUGCACCUCACCUUCGGAACCAAGUCUUAAAACUUUGGGGACUUGCCCUCUUCCAGAGUCACCUUCGACUCACGUCAUCCAACAAAACAAUCACUUUUGCCUGUGCUGUUUGUUCGUGACAUUGUUCCUGAAAACCUGCAUUUACUUCACACUGGACUUUAAUCAAGGAGCUGGUGUUGAAUUUGGGGGCGGAGGGGGGAUGAUUGGCAAUUGGGCAAGAGUUUGGGCCUCAGAUGUGGAUUUUGUGGCGUAGCACCAGCACUGAGAGCCCUGCCUUCUCCCACUGCCUCAUCCACACUCUUACCUGCCUGUUAAGUGUUGCCCCUACCCCCCCUUUAUUUUUCUUUUUUGUUUUUUUUUUAUUUUCAAACAACUGGAGCUCAAAUGAAAUCUGCUUCUAAAUCAUGGAUCAGACAAGGGUCUGGGUAGGGACCUCAAAAAGAGUUGAAUUAGCAAAUCUCUCUUUAAAAAACAGAAAGGCCUGGGUUGAAUAUGCACAUGCUAGCUCAUACACACAGUAAACAACCAAGAGUACUUAAACUGGUCUUUGUGUGUGUAAGGCUAGAUCUCUGUUUUCCACUUAGCCUAAGCCCUCCCCGCCUGCCCUGGCUUCAGCCCUGACCCUGUGUAUCCAACAUUAUAUUUCCCAGAAGACAAGAUCAUAAACAUAUCAGAGUAAUACAAAAUAAUGAAAACAAAUACUUGAAUCAAAAGAAGCGCCAAUAAUGUAAUGUGAACACUUUUUGUAGUGGUUUGUUGUCUCAUUCAUACACUUCAGAGAUUUUUGAUAGCAGUUCAGAGUGAAUCAAAUUUGAAAUGUUGAAAACAAAGAUCGAUAUAAAGGCAGAUUUACAUCUAUCGUAUUUGAGUGUUUGCACAAGGCUGCUUGUACUGUAUGAAUGAAUGUUUGCUGUGUGAGGUGAAAACUUGUAUGAGAGCUCAUGAUUACAGCGGAGGACCUUCCGCCUUGUGUUUCUUUUCAACUCAGUAUACUUAUGUUAUUGAUUUAUUUUUUUCCCCAUUUUUGUUUUUUGCUUGUCAAAACUAUAUUCUAAUGUUGUAACUAGCCUCUAGCGUUGCACUGAGUGUCGGCCUCACCCCUCAUCCAGCUAUAUGAACAACAUGAUACAAGUACUGAGGGGAGACGGGGACAGUUCAUGUGUAAAUGUUUACUCAAGGACUAAAAUAAGUGUGUUUUUUUUUUUUUUUUAAUGUAAUGUUUAUCUACCUUAGUGGCUUUCAUUGUGGAAUAAUCCAAGAAAGUAUGGAUCAUAAUUGAGUAUUGCACCAUUUUUCAGACUGUAAACCUUAAAAGAAAAAAAGGAAAAAAAAAAAAAACAUAUAUAUAUAUAUAUAUAUAUAUAUAUAAAAAAAAAAUCUGAAAAAAAAGUAUUUUGCAGACCUGUGGCCAUAGAUUGGGUAGAAGGACUUUGGCUCUCCCAAAUCUGAGCAAAUGGGGAGUGAAGGACAAGACAUCAGACGAGCCUUGGCUUCUAGGGCUCACCUCAGAGGUGCCUACCUUUCUUUCUUUUUUUUUUUCAUUUGGGUAUAGCUUAUAUUUUCUUUCAGUUCACUCUUGUCAUCAGUUGUUUUUCUGUAAGGCCACUGAAAGUUUACAGUUUAUUUUCUGGAGUUCAGAAGAAAACAAAUCAGCAAAACGGAGAAGGAAUUAAACCAUGAGAAUGUUAGAAAAGAAAAAAGACAGAUGCUUCCAUU